UUGAAGCAGACAUAAUGAUGCCAAAGCUGGGCUGUUUCUCAUUUUGGCUAAUGGUCGUUGUCGGAGCCGCGGUGGCCAUCGAAGUUCAGGUGAGGAUUGGGUAUCGGAAAACGAGUGUAUAAUUAUGCUGGGGAGUCGAUUGGGAGGAGCGUGUGCCACCCCAAUUGACAAAGCUCUGGGUGUCUUAGCCACGUUCACUUUUGACCCAAAAAUUGUAGCAUGUAAUGUACUCAAUGUGUGCACUGAUAAAAAAAGCGAUGUAGCUCACAUUUAUGAUAUAAAAAUAUACUAUUUAACAAAUAAUUUAUUUACUUUUGAACAUCAGAAGAGUUUGAUGUCUGAAAGUAAACGUCUUGAAUACUUCUAUCAGAGUAUAUGUACACACGAGUAUGGUUAUAAUGAGGCUUUGUCACGCGGGGAUUUGGGGGUACUAAGACCAAACCGGAUUGGGGCACGAGCUGUGGCUUGUCUUAUGCAAUGGAAACAUUUGAUAUGGUUACGGAAAUUCGGCUAUCUAUUCAAUCCACCGCAACCGGAACACCCGCAGCAUCACGAGGAGAAGCAAGACUUGAACAAGAUACCUGGAGUUCCGGGCGUGGAUUAUCCGGUUUACCAUGAGGUGCCCCACACCCACUUCAGUUGCCACAAUGUGCCGGCCACUCCGGGAAUGUACGCCAAUGUGGAGACGGGCUGCCAGGCGUACCACGUGUGCCACGAUGGACGCGAAGGUGAGCAGGGCGCCAAGUUCCUCUGCACCAACGGCACCAUCUUCAACCAAAAGGAAUUCGCCUGCGAUUGGUGGUACAAUGUCAAGUGUGAGGAGGCCACCCACUUUUACCACUUGAAUGCCGAUCCCGAACACAAUCCCUACUUUCCCAAAAAGAAGCCCGAGCUGGAACCUUAUGCAAAUGAUAUUCAUGAUGCUAGCAAAUUUCUGAUACAAGCUUAAAUCUAUUUCCAUUCUCAUUUUGUUGUUGUUGUUCCCCAUCUUGUAAAUAAAAAUCAUUAUAAAAUUA